GCUCGUGGAUGGGCGGAGAGAUGAGAGCCGCAGGUGGGACGUGAAACUGGACGCUUUUACCCGUUAGUUUUACCGACAACCUCAUUCUCUGUGAGUGUGAGUGGUGCUUCUGAAAGACAUGGGGAAGCUUCAGGAAUUCGAGAUUACUUUCACUAAUAACAAAGUGGUCUACAACCCCGGUGAAUCCAUAUCAGGAACUGUGAGAAUUAAAACAAGCCACUCCUUACAGUUUAAAGCCAUCAAAGUCAACUGUGUGGGGUCAUGUGGCAUCUCGUCCAAGCUGAAUGAUGCAUCAUGGAUGCUUGAGGAGAAGUACUUGAGCAGCAUGCUGUCUGUGGCCGAUAAAGGUAUUCUGCCAGCUGGUGAGCACAGCUUUCCUUUUCAGUUUCUCAUUCCAGCAUCCGUUCCAACCUCGUUCGAAGGCCCGUUUGGGAAGAUUUUGUACAAAAUUAGGGCUUUUAUUGAUACGCCACGUUUCUCAAAGGACUACAAGACCCAGCGGCCCUUCUACCUUCUCAAUGUGCUCAACCUCAAUGAGUUGCCAGACAUAGAGCAACCCAGCUGUGCUGUGACAACAAAAAAGUUUAACUACCUCCUGGUAAAAACAGGCACGCUCAUGCUAAAGGCUUGCAGUGAUCUGAGAGGAUACACUCCUGGACAGGUUAUCAAACUAUCUACUGAAAUCCAUAACAAAUCUGGUAAAGACACCGGCUAUGUGAUGGCCAGCCUUAUUCAGAGAGUGUCAUAUAAAACAAAGCGGCCAGUGUUCGAUCUGCGACCCAUAGCAGAGGUUGAGGGUGCCGGGGUGAAGGCUGGCAAACAUGCAGAGUGGAAAGAACAGAUCAUCGUCCCUCCUCUUCCUCAGUCGGGCCUGACUUGCUGCAGCCUCAUAGACAUUGAGUAUUUUAUCCAGGUUUCAUUAAAAUCUCCUGAGGCUGUGGUCACGUUACCCAUAUAUAUUGGGAACGUUGCUGUCAACUUGACUCCCUCCAUUCCGUACCCCAUUGCUCAAGGCGCUCCGAUGCCUGCCAUGCCGAGCCUCAGUCCUGCACCCAUAGUCCCCAGCGCACCUCCUGUAGAGGACGACCUGGAGGGUGAGCUGGGUGCUGGAGGAGUAGACAGCGAGGAGAUUCCCACCAAGAGUCAUUCUCAGCAGGAUCAGUCCGGCGUGCCUCUCACCCUGUCUCCCGGCGCGUUCGGUCUUGCGUCUGGUCCAGUCCCGCCGCAGAGCCAGCAGAACGUCCAAUCCUCAGACGGCUCUGCACCUGUGUUCUGUUUGUCCACAGGGGCCACCAUACCUUUCUUCACAGAUGGUAAUGCAACACCAGUGCCCACUUCUUGUCCCCUCAUCCUGCCCCCUGAAUACAGCACCUGGGAAUACCCACAUGAGCCGCCUCCCACAUAUGAGGAAAGCUGCAGUAGCAACAACUCAAGCUUCAACAGCAGCAUGAGGUAGACCAUUCAGAGGUCUCGCUUCUUCAUAAUGCCAUUCAUCUGGUGCCCCCUGCUGGACGAUAAAGGAAUUGCUGCCAGGCCCCAAACCUGGCCCUUCUCCUUCUCCACGAACCAAAUCUCUUUAAACUCAUAAAGGAUCAUGUCCUUCAUUUUUAGUUAAUUCCCUCAGUACAUAAAUUCAAUGUUGCAGAAACAACCCUGAAACUGUGUAGGGAGAUCAUUUCAGUGCCUAAGAAGAUGUAGCACUCCUGAGCAACCCCUAGACGAGACACACUCAGAGUUCUUGUGAAAUGAAUACCAGCAUCUAACACAUUUUGAAGUGAAAGUUAAACUGAGAAUGUGUUUUCAUUCAACCAAGGCUGGCCUUAUGUAUAUCUCAUCACAAAAUAUGCUCAGUAAAAUCUGAAACAUAAUUCUGCCAGGCUGAAAGUCUUGUUGAAGGAAUAAACACUCCUUUCCUUGUGACGAUCAUAAGGCACUUCAUGCUUGCACCAGCAGGAAUGGCUCUUGAUAAAGACAUUGGGCCACAGAGAAAGUUACUCUGGAAAGAACAAGUUUUAUUUAUUGAUGGGGAUUGAUGUUGGAAGAUUUCAUCUGACUUUUUUUAAAGUCCAACUCAUCACCAAACAGACACUGUGUGGAUACAGCUUCGCGAUACCAAUGUAGUCAACCAUCAUGGGCACAUAAGUCAUUAUCACUAUUACGGCCAAAUGUCGCCACUGUCCUUCGAAUGCUUAUAGGAACAACAUAUUACACAUCAUUUUUGAACUAGUUCAUUUUUGUUUAACUGGUUUUACAGAGAUUCAGGAGGACACUUUGGACUUCUGACUUUGUUUUUUUGUUACCUUAUAUUACACAAAACAAAGCAAAAUAAUCGUAUUUUUCUUUUUUGGACUUUAUCAUUUCACUACCAUUUCAAAUAACAGAUAUUUGAAGUGUGACUUUUUUUUUUUUUUUUUUUUCUUUCUUUCUUUCAGACUGUGUAUCAUCAGUGCUAGUAAUAUGUUAGAUGCCAGAAAUUUCACAUAUGCAUCAUUUGAAAUAUGAUGCAAACUGUGCAUGUCUUUGUGUAUGACUUGUUUGGUCUCUGCGUUGAUAUUUCUCAUACUAGCCCACAGCAAAUUAGAGAUUUAUGAUGGAUUUCCGGUGAGGCCUUAGGCUGUACUUGGGUUGUUGUGUACAGUCCUUUAAUAUGGCAAACACUUUUUCAUUAUGACCUGAUCAGACCCUUGACCUGCUGAAGAAUUGAAGCACAAAAAGGCACUUUUAUGUGUAUGUGUAUGUGUAUAUAUAUAUAUAUAUAUAUAUAUAUAUAUGUGUGUGUGUGUGUGUAUGUGUGAAUGUUUUUUCCACCCCAUUCUUCAAGAUAAAUGAUCAUUUUCCAUAUUUAGUUCAGUAUUGUGGUACAUUUAGUACUUUAUUCAGUGAGCAAAGAAAGUCAGAAUUAGAACAGAACUACAGAACGGACCACAUUUAUCCUGAUCUAAAUGGUUUUGUAUGAAGCAAAAUUGCAAAAUUAUAAGACAUGUUUUUGGUACUAAAUCGUUACUUUAUCAUUUCUCUCUUUCCCUGAGUGUUUGUUUGAAAUUUACCAUUUACAGUGCUGACAGAGAAGAAUCAUUCAGGUCAUUCUAUAAAAAGGGUGCCAUUUGAGUCCUUCAUAUGUAUAUAAAAAAAAAUUACUUCAACAAUGAAUAGCUGAUGACACUUCUCAUGCGUUAUGUAUAGUUCUAAACAAAUGAACAAAAAAAAAACUUUUCAUUUUCUUUCAUGAUGAGGAUCCAUUUUCUGGCCUUUGUACAUUUUGAUAAAAACGUAAUAUAUAGACACAAAAGCUAGCUUUUAUUCUCCCUCUCUAUACAUUGUAUUUUAUUGGACAUUUAUUGACCACCGUGUUACAAUCAUAUUUCCCCCUAUUUAUAAAAACUGAACUGUUCCGUAGCUCAUUAUGACAUUAUGAUCCUUUCAGUAUGCAAUCUCUUGAAGGAAAAGUCGACACUAGUUUUUUAAUCACUUUAUCUUAUAUUUGUUAUAUUUGUCAGUAGGGUAAAUUGAUGGUGUGUUAUUGUGAAUAUUGUAAAAAUGAUAUUUAAAAAAAAAUGGAUAUUUGAAGUUUGAAAUGGAUACAUGCAAUUAAACACUGUAAAACAUAGAAUGUUUAAAAUCUUAUAAAAAUGUACUUUAAAAAUUGCCUAAUCAGACUGCAAAAGGCACCUAUUUUUAUAGAAUGACCUGUUCAUAUUCAUAUCAAGGGACCUUGUCUUUGUUGAUUGUAUCCCAGCAGGCCACUGUGACUUCUAACAGUGCAGCUAAACAUAAAUUCAGAUUGUUUCUUCACUGUGAGCAGCAUUGUGUUAAAAUUCAGCGAUUGCACAAAUGUAAAGAACAUUGUUUUUGUUUAUCAUCAAAAUCCAGUGAGGAAACCCUGACUUGAACACCUGUUCUCUAUUUUCAACCACAUUUUGCCUUAAAUGUGAAUCUGAUGCAUCCCUGGUUCCAUUGUAAUUGUAAAGAAGACAAGUACUUUGAGAUAACACUGCACCACUUUUACUGUUUUCUUCAUUUGCCUCAAGGCUCUGUGACAUUAGAAAGAGUCUGGAAAAUGGAAAGUAGAUGGUUAGUUAUUUUAGCACUGCAGGUGAAAGAAAUGAUUAAAAUAUACAAGUCCUCCAUGUCUUGAAAUGUUGAAUUUGCAGCAUGGACGAACACAUUCAGUAUUUAUUUGCUAUGUUCUGUCUUUUCCUUUUCACCAAAGGUUCAACAGCUUUAUCAAGUUUCAUUUCAUCAUUGUGUGGUACUUUCCUUUCCCUGGAUCUUCCAGCAGGUUUUGAUAUAAAGUAGCACGAUUGUGGAUCAGUGUUCUAUGUAAAGUUGUGAUAGAAUCAAGCUUGUACAGCAAAGAAAUAAAAUUACUCAAAUUCUCAUCCCCCCA